UCUUUAGGGGGCCAGAAGGGACUCGGGCGUGCGGGCACUGCUGCGGCUGCAGCUCCACCGCCGUGGGCCGGUCGGCUUUGGCUCUCCCUCCGGCUGCCGGCGGGCAUGAAAGGGCUUCGCUGCUGGGAGUGAAAGCAGGAGUUGACCGAGGAGAGCGCGCGCGCGCACGCGGCCGGGUCCCCGGGUGAUCGCUGGACUGGAAGUUCGUGCCGGGCCCGAGUGCGCACGGGCUGCGGAGCGCGGGGCAGAACAGACGCCGCGGGGCCGCCAUGGGCACGCCGAGGUUCCCCGCGCCCGCCGCCGCGCUGGGGCUGCUGCUGUGCGCCGUGCUGGGGCGCGCAGGCCCGGCCGAGCCGCCCUCCGGGCUGGCCGCCGAGCGCGCGUGCCCCGCUCCUUGCCGCUGCCUCGGGGACCUGCUGGACUGCAGUCGCCGGCGGCUGGCGCGCCUUCCCGAGCCGCUGCCGCCCUGGGUCGUUCGGCUGGACUUAAGCCACAACAGAUUAUCUGUCAUCAAGGCAAGUUCCAUGAGCCACCUUCAAAGCCUUCGAGAAGUGAAACUCAACAACAAUGAACUGGAGACUUUUCCAAAUCUAGGACCAAUCUCGGCCAAUAUUACACUUCUCUCCUUGGCUGGAAACAGGAUUGCUGAAGUAUUACCUGAACAUCUGAAACAAUAUCAAUCCCUUGAAACUUUGGACUUGAGUAGCAACAAUAUUUCAGAGCUUAAAACUGCAUUUCCACCCCUACAACUCAAAUAUCUGUUUAUCAACAGCAACCGAGUCACAUCAAUGGAGCCCGGGUGUUUUGACAAUCUGGGCAACACACUGCUGGUGCUGAAACUGAACAGGAACCGGAUUUCAGUUAUCCCCCCCAAGAUGUUCAAACUGCCCCAGCUGCAACACCUUGAACUGAACCGAAACAAGAUUAAAAAUGUAGAUGGACUCACAUUCCAAGGGCUUGGUGCUCUGAAGUCUCUCAAGAUGCAAAGAAACGGAGUAACCAAACUUAUGGAUGGAGCAUUUUGGGGGCUGAGCAACAUGGAAAUCUUGCAGCUGGACCAUAACAACCUAACCGAGAUCACCAAAGGCUGGCUGUACGGCUUGCUGAUGCUGCAGGAGCUACAUCUCAGCCAAAACGCCAUCAACAGGAUCAGCCCGGAUGCCUGGGAGUUCUGCCAGAAGCUCAGUGAGCUAGACCUAACUUUCAAUCACUUAUCAAGAUUAGAUGAUUCAAGCUUUCUCGGCCUGGGCUUACUGAACACACUGCACAUCGGAAACAACAAACUGAGCUACAUUGCGGACUGUGCCUUCCGGGGGCUUUCCAGUCUGAAGACUUUGGAUCUGAAGAACAACGAGAUCUCCUGGACUAUUGAAGACAUGAACGGUGCUUUCUCUGGGCUUGACAAACUGCGGCGGCUGAUACUCCAGGGAAACCGGAUUCGAUCUAUUACCAAAAAAGCCUUCACUGGUUUGGAUGCACUGGAACAUCUAGACCUGAGUGACAACGCAAUCAUGUCUUUACAAGGCAAUGCCUUUUCACAAAUGAAGAAACUCCAGCAACUGCAUUUAAAUACAUCCAGCCUGUUGUGUGAUUGCCAGCUGAAGUGGCUCCCUCAGUGGGUGGCAGAGAACCACUUCCAGAGCUUCGUCAGCGCCAGUUGUGCCCAUCCUCAGCUGCUGAAGGGGAGAAGCAUUUUUGCCGUCAGCCCAGACGGCUUUGUGUGUGAUGAUUUUCCCAAACCGCAGAUCACCGUUCAGCCAGAAACUCAGGCGGCAAUAAAGGGCUCCAAUUUGAGUUUCAUCUGCUCGGCUGCCAGCAGCAGCGACUCCCCCAUGACUUUUGCUUGGAAAAAAGACAACGAGCUGCUGCACGACGCUGAGAUGGAAAAUUACGCCCACCUGCGGGCCCAGGGCGGCGAGGUGAUGGAGUACACCACCAUCCUCCGCCUGCGGAACGUGGAGUUCGCCAGUGAAGGGAAAUACCAGUGCGUCAUCUCCAACCACUUCGGCUCGUCCUACUCCGUCAAAGCCAAGCUCACCGUCAACAUGCUCCCCUCCUUCACCAAGACCCCCAUGGACCUCACCAUCCGCGCCGGGGCCAUGGCCCGGCUGGAGUGCGCCGCCGUGGGGCACCCAGCCCCGCAGAUCGCCUGGCAAAAGGACGGGGGCACAGACUUCCCUGCGGCCAGGGAGAGGCGCAUGCACGUGAUGCCCGAGGACGACGUGUUCUUCAUCGUGGACGUGAAGAUCGAGGACAUCGGGGUGUACAGCUGCACGGCCCAGAACAGCGCAGGCAGCAUUUCCGCCAACGCAACGCUGACCGUCCUAGAAACACCCUCCUUCCUGCGGCCCCUGUUAGACCGGACGGUCACCAAGGGCGAAACGGCCGUCCUGCAGUGCAUCGCCGGCGGCAGCCCUCCCCCGAAGCUCAACUGGACCAAAGACGACAGCCCCUUGGUGGUGACCGAAAGGCACUUCUUCGCGGCAGGCAAUCAGCUGCUGAUUAUCGUGGACUCGGACGUCAGCGACGCCGGGAAGUACACGUGCGAAAUGUCCAACACCCUUGGCACGGAGAGGGGCCACGUGCGCCUCAGCGUGAUCCCCACUCCCACCUGCGACUCCCCACAGAUGACCGCGCCGGCGCUGGCCGACGACGGCUGGGCCACCGUGGGCGUGGUGAUCAUCGCGGUGGUUUGCUGCGUGGUGGGCACGUCGCUCGUGUGGGUGAUCAUCAUCUACCACACGAGGCGGAGGAACGAGGACUGCAGCAUCACCAACACAGAUGAGACCAACCUACCUGCAGAUAUCCCCAGUUAUCUGUCGUCCCAGGGGACCUUAGCCGACAGACAGGAUGGCUACAUCUCCUCCGAGAGUGGCAGCCACCACCAGUUCGUCACGACCUCCAGCGGCGGGUUUUUCUUGCCGCAGCACGAUAGUAAUGGGAACUGCCACGUUGACAACAGCAGUGAAGCCGAGGUGGAAGCUGCCACGGAUCCGCUCCUUUGUCCCUUCGUAGGGUCCCCCGGCCCUGUGUAUUUGAAGGGGAGUGGGUACAGCUCUGAGCCGCUGGAAGCCUACCAUGCCGGCUGCAGUCCUGACCCGAGAGCAGCUUUGCUGGACCACUGUGAGCCCAGUUACGUCAAGAAGGAGUGCCACCCCGGUCCUCACCCCGCGGAGGAUUCCUGCGAGCGGAGCUGCAGUACCAUGGGGUGGCCCCCCCACGUGAGGACGCUGAUCCACUCCGGCUAUGCUCAGAAUGAGGGCCCUGGCAUGAAAAAUGCGUGCCUACACAAGUCCUCUCUAGAGUUCAGCACCAGCGCGGAGCCGGCAGCCGUUACUUCAAGUAGUUGUUUCAUGGGUACGUUUGGAAAACCUCUGAGGAGACCUUACCUAGACGCCUUCGCAGGCUCUGGACAGACGCCAGAUGGCCAGCCCAGAGCCUUUCACUUGAAACCUCCGUCUUCCCCAGACCUGGACUCUGAGUCAGAGGAAGAAGAGAGAGAAAGGACAGAUUUUCAGCAAGAAAAUCACUCAUGUUCCUAUAAACAGACCAUAGAAAACAGUAGGACUCCAAAUUGUCAGUCUUACGACUUGGACACAUAGACUGAAUGGGACCAAGGGAAAAUUCUAACAUACUACCUCAAGUGGACUUUAUUUAAAAGAGAGAGAAUCCUAUGUUUUUAAAUGGAGCUAUGAAUUUUAAAAGGACAAAAUGCCUUAUUUAUACAGAUGAACCAAAAUUACAAAAAGUUAUAAAAAUUUUAUACUGGAAAUAACUUUCAUAUAAAAAUACCCCUUUAAACUAUUUUAUAACUUUGUUUUAUGCCAAAAAAGUAUCUUAUGUAAAUUAAUGGUAUAAAUCCAUGACUAUUUUAUGUAUUUUUAUAAUGCCAGAUUUCUUUUUAUUGAAAGUGAGUACUAAAGCAUUUUAAAUAAUAACUGUCUUGUAUCUUUUUUGGAUAGAGGUCACUUCAUCUUAUUUUGCACAUUACAUCUAAUAAAAUGUGUCAUGCCAA